UAGUUACGAAAUUUUAUUAAGUCUUAAUCCAAAAUGUACAAAACACUUGCCAAACAUUAACUAAAACGUUAAUACAAAAAAAAAAAGAAACAUAUCAAAUAAUCCGUAUGAAAACAUUAUCGUAAGUGAAAUUGAGCGUAUAAAAACGUGCACAGAAUCUCCUUUACCAUUACUGGUACAAAUGGUAGAUAGAUUCUCCCGGAUGGAACGUUUUAAUGCCCCUAUCGUAAGCUUUAUAAUGAUAAUGAUUGACUGCAGAUUUCCUUCGUAUCGUCAGCAAUCCGGUAAUAUCGCGCGACGAGCCCGUUUUCAAAGCGGCCACUUCGACGUGUACAUCAGCCACAUACUGCAGAUUAUUCGAUAAAAUCUCGUCAGUUUUAGUCGAAACGUGGUUAUUAAACACAACCGUUAUAUCAUUAUUAUCCGUGAGGUUCAUGCAAUAAUGCGUAAACGACAACGUAUCUUUAACAUCCACUCCCAAAUCGUGCAGGUGACUUAAAUCGUCCACGAUCAAAUAAACCAGCUUGUUAUCGCCCUUCAAGCACCUCAAACAAUCCCUUAUAUCCGCGUACAACUGCUUCACGAUAUUCUCCGUGUUCUCCUGCAAGUAUUUAUCUUCCUGUUCGAUGUUAUCCACCAAUUCCUUGAUGGGUUGCAGCAUCCUAAUCGAAUCGUCUUCCACGCCUUUCAACAAAUCGUAGCCCAGCUUCUUGCCGAUGGUCUGGUAGUGGUCGAUGGUGUUGUGGAAAUUCACCAAGCACAGCCGGUUCUUCUCGUGCACGAUCUGCUUGAUCAGAUGCGUGAUGACGAAGUUCGAAUCCGCGUUGGAACCUUCCUUGAUGGAUAUUAUUCGAUCGUCUCCGCUCACCUGCAGCGCGCUCAACACGGCGUUCGAAGCCACCGGAUCGCCCAAAGAAAUCAUCUUCGAUCUGGAUAAAAACGCUUAAUAUUUUAGUGGAUUUGGCGACCUUGUUAUGAAACUAUUAGUUCCAGCUAUUAGCUUAAAAAAUUAAAAGUGAUUUAGUGCGUACUAAUACUCGGCUCGGAGCGUCACGCUGUUAUUUUUAACUGGGCCUUUUCCUCGUUUUCCGCGUAAGUAAAUUCAUCGGUCGUUGAAUGUAAUUAGUUCGUUAUUCAGCGGUUUUUCGUAAAUUAUGUUAAUCAAUUGGAAACGAAACUCGAUAGAGAAACGAAGGUUGUGUGGAAUUUGUUGUGAACAAAAGGUGAUUUUUCGUUAAAUAAUUAGACGGUGAUUCCAAGACAGCCACAAUCGAAAAGAUGCCCAGUGAGAAAUUGUCCCGAUGGUACUUCGGAGGCCUGGCCUCGGCCGGUGCGGCGUGCUGCACACACCCGCUCGAUCUCAUAAAAGUCCACCUACAAACCCACCAAAACGGGAAACUAUCCAUCGUACAACUCACCACAAACAUAGUCAAAAAUCAAGGAAUCACUGCUCUCUACAACGGUCUAUCGGCUUCGGUUCUACGACAAUUAACGUACUCGUUGGUGAGAUUCGGGGCCUACGAAACCGCCAAACACAACAUGAAAAGCGACUCGUUCCUAACCAAAGUAGCCAUCGCCGGCAGUUCGGGAGCCAUCGGAGGCCUCGUAGGCACCCCGGCCGACUUGGUUAACGUCAGAAUGCAGAACGACAUCAAACUGCCCAAGGAUAAACGAAGAAACUACAAACACGCGCUGGACGGUCUGGUGAGGGUCUGUCGAGAAGAGGGAGUGACUAAGAUGUUCUCCGGCGCCAGCACGGCCACCGGACGGGCCAUAUUCAUGACAAUAGGCCAGAUAGCCUUCUACGAUCAGGCCAAGUAUUUGCUGUUGUCGAGCGGGUAUUUCGAGGAUAACGCCAAGACGCAUUUCUUGGCCAGUCUCGCAGCCGGCGCCAUAGCGACGACUUUGACGCAGCCGUUGGACGUGCUGAAAACUCGGGCGAUGAACGCGAAGCCGGGCGAAUUCAAGAAUUUGUUGUCGGUGAUCGUGUACACGGCCCAAUUGGGGCCGUUGGGAUUCUUCAAGGGUUACAUUCCGGCAUUCGUGCGGCUGGCGCCGCAGACGAUUUUGACGUUUAUGUUCUUGGAGCAGUUGCGGCUGCAUUUCGGGUACUAUGCGGAGUUGAAACAGUAA